CACUCUUAUUUACGUUCAACACCUUCUCAAACGUAAGUCAUUAUCCGAUAAAAAAAAACAGUACUGCCUGUUUACACUUUCUGAUUUUGGUAUCAAUCUUUUUUGUGCAAAGUUAAUCGUAUCAUCCGCAAGAAGAAAUCAUUAUCUCGAUUAAUAGUUGUAUUAGCAACUAAAUAAAUACAAUGGGCCUAUUGAUAGCACAAAACAAUCCUUGUUUAUUAAAUAAUGAGGUAAUUUAUUACCUAACCAGUAACCAGUCCGUCAUGUUUCUUCAAAACAACAUUCACACUCUAAAGGAUACAUUACAUUCGAAUCAUUGCGAGUACGUUAACACUGCGAACUAAUUUUAAUUCUACUACGAAUUUUAUUUAAUUUAUUACUUUAUUAUAUAUUAGUAGGAAACGUGCUGAAAAUUGUCUUUAUGAAAUUAUAUUUUAGCUGAAUUGAAGUAUUCUUUUAAGUAUUGCAAAAAAAUGCUGCAAAAAAGCAAUGCGCUAUAUCAACCAAAAUCCAUGGGUUGCAUUCCAAUAGAGGCGGUUUGUUUUUUCCACGGAGUCGUCAACUGUGUGCUGUCAAUGUUCGGCAUAGUGACCCUCACGCUAGCGCGCAUAUUGUUGGAGCCUAGGGACGUAAUCGAAGGUCCCCCGAGAGAAAUGUCUGACGCCAUGUUCCAAGAAGGAUUUGAGAUCCUUUCUCCGGACAUUGCCUACGCCUCCCUGGACCGCGAAGCCCUGCCUUUGACCCGCUACGGCGUUAUUCUCUACGCCUUCUGCAUUGGCUCGUUCGUCUUCUCGCUACUUCUGUGCUAUGGGAUACAUAAGCGCAGCCCAGCCUACCUGAGGGCAUACUUGGUGUACGGAGUCACAGUGACCACCCUCAUGCUAGUGACCAUCUUCUACCUCUACGCCUGGCUUACUGACCACAUUACUCACUCGGUCACGGUCAUGGGUGUCGUGUUUUGCAUGUACUUGCUAGUGCUCCGCAUGGUUCAACGGACGCACCAGCUAUUCUGUGCCGAGCAGCGCCAUCUCUUGCCUCAUCUUGAAGACUUCAUGAAACAUUCGUAACCUAGGACAGUCAUGUCAUGAUAGUUGACAACUGUCAAAUAGUAUGAAGGCGUCCCGUGAAUUUUACUUUCCCAAGACGUUUCCAUCACUGGAGUCACUUCUAUCAUCCAUGCUUCUAUGCAGGGUUCCGUCCACCCCUUCCCAGAAAAAAACUUUUAAAUGACUUAGUCGUUCCCUUUGAACUGGGUUAACCUUCAUUUUGCUUAGCUCUAGGAAGGGGUUUCCCUUUCAGAAAGAAAGGUGCCCUUCGUAAUUAAAAAAAUUAUGGCACCUGUGCUGUCAACGCGCUAGACCCAGUCCUUCACUUUAAACGUAAAUUAGCAAUAUUGAUCCUAUUUUGUUAUGAAAAAAAGUUGAAAAUGGCAUAUGCGUUGUAAUUGACCCCUUUAAGGGGUAAACGCUUACAUAAGUAGGCGCUUCAUAAUACGGGUAAACAGUUCUCUCUUCGAAUAUCUGAUAUCCAUAAGGGUAGCCUAAUGAAAAGGUUUUACCGUUUUAAAAAUAUAAAAAUUUCCAGCUUUGGCUUUGGUAAGCAAAGCCUUUCGAUAUACCACUUCCAAAACUCUCGAAAGGGAUACCAGACCGGUCCCUGCUCCUAUGUAUAUACUGCUCUUCACUGGAUGGGGCUAAGGGUAAACUGUAUGGGACAGCAGAAGAGCCCUCUGCUUAUGCGUGAAAAUCAAUAACAAGUUAUUAAUUUCUAUUUAGGGUACAUUCGAAAACACUUCUGGAUGAGACUAGCCCAAGACCGGGACAAGUGGCGUACACGAAGAAAGGCCUGUGAUCAGCAGUGGGGACUGGAGGCUAAAUGAUGAUUUAGGCUACUAGAUGGCAGAUCCUCAUGUGAGGAAAGAAGUAUAAGUAAACUUUAGGGGGCAGCAAGCCCCAAUAAGCCCCUCCUUAUUGGUAUGAAGUGUCAAUGUCCAGUUAUCUAUUCGUUUCCGUUUGGACCACAAAAUGGUAGACCAUCUUAUAAUCAAGGGUCCUAUUAUACAGGUUGUAAGUUGUAACGCAACUUGUAGCGUCGGGUUUGCGCCAUAUAUAGUUUUAAUGUGUUCUAGAAUUAAGUAUUGUUUUUGUAAUAUAUGCUAUUUUAAUAAUAAAGAAAAUUUCAUUUA